AUGGCUCAUUUUGAUUUUAAAGAUCAGCGAUUGGAUCAAGCAUUUCGAACUUUAUGUGGCAAACUUUAUUUCAAGGCAGAAGCACAACAAUUGGAUCGUAUCAUUGAAGUAUUUGCAAAACGAUAUUGGGAAUGUAAUUCAACAGAAUUAUACCAUAGUGCUGAUGUUGUUUAUGCUAUAGCAUACUCUUUACUGUUAUUAAAUACAGAUCUCCAUGCGGCACAUCAACAUCAUCAAAAGAUGAAAAGAGCAAGAUUUGUCAAAAACACUAUGGAAACUAUUACAGCACUCAUCUCUUCUACUUCAGAACUCGUGAACAAUUUGGAUUCGAUACGUAAUAGUCAACAGCAACCACCGAGACUGAAAUCAUUACCACUGCAGCAUUUAAGAAAAUCGAAAUCACAUCACAGUCUGUCAUUGGCACCGGUAUCCUUGAAGACACUUGUGUUCUGGCGCAACAGGAACAAUCACAACAACAAUAAUACUGAUCAACAAGAAUUUUGGACAAAAGAACAAAAACGAUGGUUACUCAAUAUCGAACAAUUGUUAAAGGAAAUGUAUACAUCCAUCAAAUCCAAAGAAAUAAUUCAGCCUACCUACGAUCAUCCAGAAACAAAAGGUGACCGAAGGUAUUCUCUCGAAAACGAAACAAGGAAGACAACGAUUAUUCGACGCAAGCGAGGACAAAGCGCACCACCGACGUCCGGAUCACUACCCCCUCUACCGUCUAUUCAAUUGCGCAGUCACCAACAAAACGACGCCGUAACAAGCAUACAACCAAGGACAUUGGAAGGAUGGGUGAUGCGUAAACAACUGAUGAAAGGAGCAUGUCAAAAAGCAAAACAACGCUACUGGAAACGAUGUUACUUGAAAAUUGACAAUGGAAAGGUAUCUAUGCGACAAGUGAAUGAUUGGAUUUUACCUGCACAACACCUGAUGUACCAAUUGACACGACAUCAAAACAAUGGACCAUGGCCACUUAGACGGAAAUCUACCUCUUCACAGGAUGAAGAGCUACAAGAUCGUACUGAUCAUCGUCAUCUCUCUUUGGGCAAGGAUCUCAAACACAGUUUAUCUAGUUUAUUACCACCACCAGGCUGGCAUGGAGAAAGAACACAUGUAUUUUGUUUACAAUUGACGGAUGGCAUCAGUUGGUUAUUUCAAGUGGAAUCGCAUGAAAAAGGCAAGUUAUGGACGGACGUGCUGAAUCAUUGGGCAGCGUUACACAGCAAGGAACCAUUACAGGGUGCAGUGACUAAUGUGGAUUAUGGUUGGCAACAUCAUUCAACAAACGAUCGACUUGCGUCUUGGGAAAUCCCUCUCUCUUGUAUGAUUCAAAGCCAGCAAUCAAGGAAAGAUCAAUUGGAUUCUAUUCUUGCUUAUCUUGAAAAGUUACAUAUACAAGUGGAAGAUCAUAGGAAUUUACGUGAAUUGGUAGAAAAAAGGGUAAUAAAUCUUAUUAUCAAAAUAAUCCCAUUUUUACUCAUUUAUUAUUUUAUAUAUCCUUAG